GCGCGUCGUCGCCCGCCCGUUUUUCCGGAGUGGCUACCGCUCGAGAAAGGAUAAGCCCCGACGACCGUUCUAGGCGAAGCCUUUUUUAUUCACGCACACAAGGAGCUACUCGGAGUUGCGAACACCUUCCAAGCAAGAAUGCUCCCCAAGUGGGUUUUCCUGCCAAGCAGAAGAGAAGACCCCCUCUCUGGAUAAAACCGGAGACACACACACGACCCGAAAACGGCUCUGCGAUGGCCGAUGAAAUGAUGCUGGACCAAGCCUUUUCUUGAACGCUUUUAACUUUUUCAAAAAACGCAGCUACAACAUCGCCGGGUGGCAUGGCCAUCACCAUAUUAAGCAGCACCAAUGGUGACAAAUACCCCGUGUCCAUCGUGGCAGAUUGGUUCCACGUCAUCCCGCACGUGGACAUCACCUUUGCAUCUGUCAACUCCACCUUCGACCCCACAAACAACAUCUACUUAGAGAGUCUGGGCAUCCUAAUCGCCGUCCCAGGCUUCUGGCUCAUCCUCACUCUGCUGGCAUUCCUAGUUUUCUUCCUGUGCCGAUGUUGCGACUCUGGUCUGCGCAAGAAACGUCGCCUGACGCCCCUCAAAUGGACCCUGGCCCUCUUUGCACUUUUCUGCUGCGGCGCUCUGUCGCUGGGGCUGUUCGGCAACGACCAAGUACACAGCGGUGUGGUAAGCGUACAGAGAGCGACGCAGAACAUGGAAAACAUCAUCGACUCUGUCAAAAAUGAGAGCGGCGUGGUGGAGCGCGCCCUGUCAACGGAGGUGGGACCCGAGUUGGAGAAACUGGUGACUACACUGGGUCGAGGUGGUUCACACGUUCCUGAUCCCGAGACAAAGUCCCGAUUGGAUGCUGCCCUCUCCUCCCUUCCGGGCAAUGCCAGCCUCGGAGCAGAUCGUGUGCGCUCCAUUUACGACAAGAUCCGUCGACUCGAUCUCCAUUCUUUGCCCUACCUUUUGCACUGGGCAGAGAUAAUCAGGUGGCCGGCAACAAUAGCGCUGCUGUGCGUCCUGAUACUGGUGUGCCUCAUCCUGCUGUGGGGUGUGGUCCGGCAUUCGCGUUGUCUGCUGAUCUUGUUUUCAGUUUUGGGCUUGUUAUCAGUGGUCCUUUGCUGGGUGCUUGUUUCCCUUUACCUUGGCAUCUGUGUGGCUGGCUCAGACUUUUGCCUCGACCCAGAGCCCUUUAUCUACAAGCAGUCGGGUGGCACAGCGGAAGCCGCUGUAAUAUCGUACUACUUGAACUGUGAUGAAAAGGUUGUCAGUCCCUUUGAUACGACUGUGAAGGAAGCUCGCAGAGCUGUGGACAACGUCCAAAGCCUCUUGCAGGUGGUGACGCGGAUCGCAGAUCGUUACAUUCCACAGAAGGAGGUUCACGAGCUCCUGGGCCAGUUGGGCCAGCAAGUAAACGGCACAACCCGUGGGCUUGGACGCCUCGCUGCACUGGUCGACUGUCGGGGUCUCAACGUGGAAUAUCGUGCUGCAAUGGGAGCUACCUGCACCAGUGUACUGGAAGGCACUGGCUUUAUGCUGGUGUCAGCAGCUGGUGCAGGUCUUCUGUUCACCGUGCUCAUUUGGGUCGCUUCUCAUACAUGGAUCCACAUUCGACAGAGGCGCCCUAGGGAGCCCGUGGACGAAGAAGACCCAUUCCUGCCACCGUCCGCGGUGGGUGCCAGCUCCCGGCGCAGCCGCGACACGAAUGGACGUUCCGCAAGCCGUGAGGACCAGGCGUUCCUGCAAGCGGCCAGGUUCACCCCGCCGCCAGCGUACGACCAGCCCUACUAUGUUGGGGCGCGCACCAUGGCCCCCACGGCGUGACCUUUGUGCUCCCGGUCCCCGUUUCAGCACGACGGAGACCUAACGUGUGCCACAAAGUUCUGAAGGAACCCCUCGACGAGCCCCGCAAAAAAAUGUCGGACACUGUGUUGUGCCAACUUCUUGGAGAGCUCCUACAACGCAUUUGGUCGGCCGUUGGUUGUCAUGUUUACAGACUGUACGCUCAUCGCUUUGUUGAUGGUCACGUGCGAGACUCCUUCGUGUCGCCGAGGCUGCGGAACGAAGUGGCGGAAGAGAGAAGUUGGAAAGUUGUGGCAACGUGAAGGAGCGACGUGGUCUUUAGUGUUGCCUGUGCGGAGCAUCUGAUCUCUGGUGAUUCCCUCGACUGUAUUUUUGUUUUCUAAUCUGCAUUUAUCUUCUAUUUUGUACAUUUUUUAUUCCACCUGUAUUUAUGUAAUUAAGCAUUUUGUAUAAUUUAAAUGGUACAAAGCAUCCGGGAGCAACGAGCUGAAGAGAAAGAAAACGAGAAUGUGCGCGACGCAGGAAAAUAACCCCCGUCUUGCGGAGAAUACCCCAUAUCCUGCAUUCGAGCGGAAGCGGAGUGAAGCGCGGAUCUGUUGACCUCGCGCAUCACACGAUCGGCAGAUUAUUUUGCGUUUAUUAUUGGCAGUAUUAUGCAACAGUUGAGCACGUUGACGUUUGUUGGUACGAAGGAUGCGUUGUAAAUAUGCGCGUGCAGCAGCAGUAGAGGAGAGGUCCGCUGUCGACACCAAAUUCUCGCCUAACCAUUCCAAUCGAUGCUGUACCAGGUGUGCCGGGUUUUGUGCUUUUAUCACGACAGCAAAACGGAACAACAGAUUUUCGCGGGAUCGGCGACAUGCUUUGCACCUUCACGUUUCAUUCCGGAAUUUCUUCCCCCCACAUGCUCAUGAGAUGCUUUGCGACGAGAAACAUACAACGUUGCAGACUUUGUGCCGGCUAUAGUUGAAGUAGAAAAGUGCAUUUUAACGGGAGGCCGUGUAGGACAGCCGACAUGAUACGUGUACUAUCUACGAAUGACUACUGUCGCUACUGGCGGAGCGACGGACGGCGUGUGCGAAAAGUUCCCACGAGUGCCCCCCCUCCCCACGAACGUCCCACGAACGUCCCACGGAAGUCAUUUGCUUCCUAGUCAGAAGAAUCUUAUUGAAUGCUCAAGUUGGUAGAGAUGUUGUCUGUAUCACGCCAUUCCUACAUUUUAUGUAAACCUUCUCACGUGACUAUCUACGGGAUAUACAUAUUCUAUGUGCUACCUGGUUGCCAAUGACUGUACGCAAGGCAUUUUUAUGUACAUGUCAUUUUACUGUGAAAGCACACGCAAUGCAAAAGCACGAACGUGUGUGGUCGAUUCUCGGCAUAAUGGAAAGGUGACACGUUUUUUUUGUCUCGCGCGAUACCUCUUUAUACAAACACACGUAACCUUCUUUUCUUUUUUUCCAAGUGGACGUGGGGCUUCGUAAUGCAAAAACAUCUUCAACAGUGUAGUCUUACGUAUUUUUCGUAUCAUAGUUCAGCUCACAGCAAAGUAACGUACCUCGCAGAAACUUUCACUGACCUCUGGCUCAAAGAUGACCUCAGGACGGCCUUCCGUAAUAUAAUUUUGCUUGUUAGACGAGUUAAGUUGUCACGAUCAUGUUACUUCGUAAUGCUGAUUUUCUUAAACUUGGUCUAAUUGUGCUAAUUGGUCUUAAUCUAAUUGUGUGUGAAAAUGAGAUACGAGAAUAUAUUGAGAGACAUCAAUCAAUACAUCGGAAGAGGCACACCAGAUGUUUAGAAGAGCCACGUCCUCCUUUCGAUACCAUCUCACGUUCCUUUCAAUACUCCAUCGGGGUGCACAUACACACCCGGGUGACAUACGGAUCAAACAGCGGGUGCCAACAAAGCCGAACAAAAACACGUGCCUUUCUGGGUUCCAUCUUUUGUGUCUCGAGAACAAAAUAAUACUGCCAAAAAAAAAAAAAAAAAAGAACAACGGUUAGUGACACGGCGCCAUUAUAGCGAGAAUCCACCAUGCACACCCUUGUUGCAGGAGUGUGCACUUUUUCCUUCCCCCAUCUACGCGACAACCGCCUUUGUAAGGAUGGGCCACAGCUGUAGUUUAAAAAUGAAUAAAAAAAAAGUGGUUUUAUUGCCUA